GUGCUUUUUUUAUAAAUGGUGCGCAGUGAAGUCACUCGUGUCACAUGACUCACUGAAGUUUGUGUAGAAAUAACGUAGUCCCUACUUUAACCCUUUCCCUGCCAACAACGUAGGCACUACGUUGUUUUAAAAAAAGCAGUUAAGUGCCAACAACGUAGUACCUACGUUAAUGGUACCUAAACGAUUCUUUCUGCAACGGCAGCUUUUGCCGAGGGGGUUGGGGGGCCAGUCCUGUGAUGCGAAUGUAGCAGGACCAACCUACAAGCAGCAGACGCGAUCGCAUCGCAUCUGCUGCUUGUACUGGUUCCCCACCUAGCGCUGCCUCCCACCUACUUCCUCCCGAGGACUGCAGCCAGAAGGACCAGGCAAGCGAUCCGUGCUUCAGGACAGUUCAGAGGAAGAUGCUGCUGUACAAUCUCCUCCUGCUGUCCCUGAUAUCUGUGGGUGCACUCUCUCAGCAAUGGGGCGCAAUGUCGUACUACACUUUUAGGAGCUGUUGGGACAUCAAGAAAUCAAAUGAAAAUGCACCAGAUGGAAUAUACACACUGACCUCUUCAGACGGAAUCUCCUACCAGACCUUCUGUGACAUGACUACAACUGGAGGAGGAUGGACUUUGGUGGCCAGUGUGCAUGAGAACUACAUGGCAGGGAAGUGCACUGUGGGGGAUCGCUGGUCCAGCCAACAAGGAAAUCGAGCUGACUAUCCAGAGGGGGAUGGAAACUGGGCAAACCAUGCAACAUUUGGGUCGCCUGAUGCAGCAACUAGUGAUGAUUACAAGAAUCCUGGCUAUUAUGACAUCCAAGCCAAGGACCUCAGCGCGUGGCACGUGCCCAACAGGACUCCGCUGAGACGUUGGAAAAGUUCAUCCCUUCAGAGAUAUCGCACUACCAGUGACUUCUUUUCCAGAGUAGGAGGAAACCUUUUGAGCUUGUUUCAGCGAUAUCCGCUGAGAUAUAAUGCUGGAAGCUGCCCAAAAGACAACGGACCUUUUGAGCAAAUAGUGUAUGACUUUGGAAGCAGCUCGAAGACGGCUUCUUUUUACUCAGACUUUGUAAGAGGUUAUUUUACCCCUGGUUAUGUCCAGUUUCGAGUAUUUAAUACAGAGGGAGCAGCAUUGGCUUUCUGUCCAGGAAUGAAGAUGGAAGGGUGCAAUUCGGAACAUUUGUGCAUUGGAGGAGGGGGAUACUUCCCAGAAGGGGACCCAAGACAGUGCGGGGACUUUACAGCCUAUGACUGGGAUGGAUACGGAACAAAAAAAUUAAACAGUGCAAGCAAGGAGAUAACUGAAGCAGCCAUCCUUCUCUUCUAUCGUUAAUCCGCUGGAGGCUUUAUCAGUAUAUAUUGUAUUUAAACUGCCUGCCAUAUACCAUGAAAUAAAGCUUUAGCAUCCCGG